AUGUCUUCAUCUUUUUAUCAAACUAAAGUAAGAAGCCCAAAGAACUAAGGGACAUUGAAGAAUGGGGCGGAGAGCAAGCAGCGAAAUUUAAAGUCCAGAAACCAAGCCUAGCCAGAUAAGAUAAGAGGUCCUCAUAAAAGAAACUCCUCUACUCGGUACAAUGAUUUCUCAUUUUCACUAUCUCUUAUAAUCGAUACCAUUCAACAGUAAUUUGCGAAACUCACUAAGGUCCUCUGUGGAUCCUGUAAUUUCAAGCAUUCCAAGCAAUUAAGCACUCUGGAUAUCUCUAUCAAGCAGGCUAAGACUUUUCUAUAAGAGUAUUUUAGUAUAGAUGAACAUCCCCUCUCUUCCCAAAGAUAAAGUCUGAAUGAAGUCACAGAGAAGACUCCAUACUAAACUUUUCUAAAUGACUACUAUGAUGAAAACAUUAUGAUAUCACAUAGGGGAAUUCAAACACAGAUACAGUCAAUGAAUGUUGAGAAUCUGCGGAACAAAAAUCUUGACCUUAAGGUGAACUAGGCUUAUGAGUACUUCAGUGGGAGUAAUUUUAAGACUUCUAAUCAGAAUUUGUGCUCCUAGGAUAUCUCAUCUACUGAAUUUAGAUGCGAUUAAGAUGAAACAGAAGCUAAUGAAGAUAUGGAAUAAAAUAGAGAGAAUGUCAGACUUUCUACAAUAUAGGAAGAGAUAAAGAAGCCAUUUGAAAAUUUUGGACUCAUCAAGACUUCUAUAAUUCUGCAAAAAGAUAUAAAAGUCAAUUACUUUAACUGCACUUAAGUCAAUUUAGGUAGACACUGGAAUCCAGUAAUGCAUAAAUAGAAGAGAAGUGAUUCUUAGUUAAAGCAGCUCUAGCAACAGUAGUAGUUGAAAUCUAUUGAGAGCAAUAAAGAAAACUAGCUAACUAGAUGUAAUCAGUCAUAGAUAAUUCUAAGGUAAAUAAGUUAAGAUCGGCCUGUUAGCUACAGGUAUGAUCCCAAGUUAAAUCUAAAGAAUAGAAGACCCUUGUCAUAGUGCUUUGUUGAUGAUGAAAGCUAGGAAAGUUAGAGAUACUCAUAAGCUGGGUACUAAUUGGAUAGUUUCAGAAGAAAAAAUAAUCAGACCCCUCUUAUCCAGAUAGAUGGCUCAAGCAGAUUAUUAUUCAAUUGA